AUGCCCCCCUCUAAACCCCAAUCCAAAUCCAAAUCCAAAUCCAAAACCCUCCACACCUCCCUCCACUCGGCCCUACACAACCGCUCAACAAAGCUCUCCCUCCGCCAAUUCCGCACCCGCUACACAACCCAUCUAUCGCAGGCCCCCCCACUCUACCCCUUCUCCAGCGGCGGAUCCCGGCUCUUAGCAGGGAACUCUCCCUACGCUGAAUCCCUCGAAUCUUUCAUCGCGAACUUCCACAAUGCCCCGACGGGGUUACUCUUCAACUCGGGGUAUGAUGCCAACGUCGGCGUUCUAUCCUGUAUCCCUCAGCCCGGGGAUCUGAUUCUCUAUGAUGAGUACGUGCAUGCGAGUUCACGGGAGGGGAUGAGGUUAUCGAGGGCGGGGAAGAGGGUAGCGUUUGAGCAUAGUUCUGUGGUGGGGUUGGAAGAGGGGGAGAGGAAUGUGUUUGUGGUGAUUGAGUCGCUGUAUAGUAUGGAUGGGGAUGUUGCGCCGAUUAGGGAGAUGGUGGAGGUUGUGGAUCGGUUGUUGGGGAGGAAUGGGAAUGGGUAUUUUGUUGUGGAUGAGGCGCAUGCGACGGGGGUUUUUGGGGCUAGGGGGGUCGGGGUGGUGCAGGAGGUGGGCGUGGAGGAGAGGAUGUUUAUUAGGGUGCAUACGUUUGGGAAGGCGUUGGGGGCGCAUGGGGCUAUUGUUUUGUGUGAUGAGGUGACGAAACAGUAUCUUAUCAAUUAUGCUCGGAGUCUGAUCUACACCACGGCUCUUGGGUUCCCGUUCCUGGCGCUGAUUCGGACGGCUUAUGAGAUGCUGGCGGAGGGGGAGACGGAAGAGCUUCAACGGAACCUACAACACCUCGUGCAAUACUUGCAUACUCGUCUUGGGGAGUUGGCGUCUUGGGAUCCCGCUCUUUUCGAGGUCGACCAUUUCCCCCGCUCUCCGAUCUUCUCCCUGCGCAGUCCGCUGCCACGCCAGCUGGCUACCGUUUGUCAGCGCAAAGGCUUUCUCGUCCACGCCAUCAUGUCGCCCACCGUCCCGGCCGGCCAGGAACGCGUGCGCAUCUGUCUGCAUGCGGGCAACACUGUCGAGGAGAUUGAUGGGUUAGUCGAGACUAUCCAGGGCUGGUUGAACAACCAGGCUAGCGACAAACCAACCGCCAGACUUUAAGCAGAGAGGUUGCAUAUAUUAGCGCAUGCUGUACAUAUCGUUAGCUGCAUUAGGAAAACAUAUCGUAUCUCUUGAGUAACCCAUGAUUCAUAUCCCGGCCAGAACGCCAUAACUCCCGCCUUCCCAGAUC